AUGAGCGGCGGUCGAUAUGAGACGCAGCUGUGCACGGUUCUUGUCGCAGAACAGUUCGGACAAGCGGUCGCCGAUGUCGCCGAGAAGUUGCUCAAGGAGGAUUGCCAGCUCCCUUCGCUCGCCUUCAAGCUCCGGCCGACUUAUAACAUGGCGAUGGUCUCAACUUCUUUUCUCCAACAGCCGAUGUCGCUUCUUUGCAGAUUCGAAAAGCGUUAGCCGUUCUUAUUAAUUUCGGAUUUGUGACGUUUGUCCUUGAUACAAACAAGAGACCCGUUUAUACGGCACACGGAGAUCAAAUUCUUCGUUUACUCACAGUUCCCAGGUUUGAUUUCUCGUUCUCAUUCCCGGAUGUGGCUUACUCUGAACACCUCGCUGAAUUUUUUGAUGUUCAAAAUGAUUUCCGUGAAAUGCAAAAUUAUCUCUGACUCUCAAAAACCUAGUUAUCUUUUUCUUUCACUGACCGCUAUUUUUCGCGAAAUCAUAUUGAACACGGUAUGAAAACGGCAUAAAAGUAGUAGCAAAAAAAAAAAAGUUAUUUUCGAGAUUCCAAGCAAGAAAUUACUUUUUUUUUAAACUUAUAAUUUUUUCGGAAUAAAUCAUUUGUCAGACAUCGCGAGAACAAACAAAGUAGUCUCAGGGACUCCAGAGUGGUCCCUAUAGGGGCAAUAUUCGGGGCCCUUGGAGUGUUCCCUCUUGGGACCACUUUACUAUCUCAUAUAGCGGUUUUAGGUAGUGGCUCCUCUAGGGGACAUGCUAGUCGAUAAUUUUAUGAUUUUCAUGUGAAGAAAAAUUUCUAUGUAAAAAACUAAAAAAAAACAUUUUUGAAUAAAAAUUGAAAGAUCUCCUAUAGGGACCACUUAAGCUUUAGGGGCUAAGCGGUCAGACUCUAAACCCCUACAGGUACCACCUUUAUUUCACCCCUAUGGGGACCAUUUUUUCGAGCCCCUAUAGGCGUUGAUCUGCCACAUUGCCAUCUAGAGAGUAUUUCUGAUUUGUUUCGAGCAAAACGGAUAAAGGGUUCAGAAAAUCUCAAAUUUAGUCAAAAGACGGCUUGAGAAGACUGAACUUGGUGCGAUUUAAAGAGUUCAUAUUUUUUUAGUAGCGUCAAUAUUUUGAACAAGAAGGUGCAGAGUACUUUUUUUCACUCAUCUCAGGUUCUGCUUGCUCGUGAAAACACUAUACGGGAGUGUGGCCGAAGACGUCUGCGUAGAGCUUUUCUCGGAAGGGCAACUCACUUGCUCAGAUGUUCUCCGGCGGGUUUUUUCGAGAAACGAUACACUGACGAUAGAAGAGGUUAGGACAGAUUUGAAACGGAUGUAGCAGUUCGAAAAUGAUUCUACAAAAACUUAUGACACUUUUAUAAUCGUAACAAGUAAUUGCGAGUCUAAUGACCACUGACACGGGCAAGGUCGGAAGGGUGGAGAAAGGCUUCAUAGAAAUUUUCCUUUUUGCUGCCGUUUUGCGCUCCUUCAUCGGCUUUUAUGCACCUGCCUCCCUUUUUCCACCAUCUUGAGCUUCAAAAUUCUAGAAAAAAUGGAAGGCUCCAAAAAGGGACUCUUUUUUACUGUCUUUUUUGAGCCUCUCUCUUUUAGCAGCCAUUAUUUACCAUUCCGACUUGGCCCGGGAAACUAUUAUGACUCUAGAGCCUGUUCGAGAGAUUUACUCUGAGAAGUACUAUAUUUCAGCUCAAAAAAACGUUCUGUGACCUGACACAGGCACAGUUCAUCAUCCGGUCUCCGGCCAUCUCUGGCGUGUCCAACGGCUGCCCGCAACUCGAGCAUGUUCAGGCUCCUUUCAACAUGCCGGACUCUAUCUUCCAAGUCAAUAACGGCCCAGGUUUCCACCAAUUUUUUAUGAGUGUUCAAAUUAACCUGCUCCUUAUAAUUUUGAAAAGUUUCAUGGUUUUUUUUUUAUAAUUUCUCAAUUUUUAGGAUCUCCAGAGUGGUCCCUAUAGUGGCAACCUUAAAAGCCCUUGAAGGGUCUCCUCUAGGAACCAAUUCACCAGCCCCUAUAGGGGCCACUAAAGCUUGCAAGUGUGGUAUCUAUAGGGGUUUUAUUUAGUGGUCCUUAUAGGGGACAUGGUGGUCAUUUUCGAAUGAAACUUACGGACUCCUGAGUGCCCCCUAUAGCGGCAAUUUAUGAACUCGAAGAAAAAUUUCCAUAAGUAAAACGGAAUAAUUAAGCGUUUUAUAAUGAAAAAAAAAAUUAAAAUUAAAAGACCCUAUAGGGUUUACUUGAGCUUCAGGGGCUAAUGAGUCAGAUCCUAAACCCCUAUAGGGACCACCUAAUUUUUAUCCCCCUAGGGAUCUCUUUUUCGGUCCAAUAGAGUUGUUUUCUCCCCUAACCCAUAUAGGUAUCACUCUGGAAUUCCAAAGUUAACUAGUAGUAGGCUGAAUUUUUCAAGUAGCCUAUCGCAGGUGAGGAGAAAGGGCGUAAGCGUAAAUCGGCCAAAGAUGAAGACGAUGGAAUUUAUUGGCGCGUCAAUUGGGCGAGGUUUGACGUUUACGCCCGCGAUGAAAUGAUCACCGAAUUCCUUAUCACGAACGUACGUUGAAUUGACAUGGGAUAUGAUCAACAGCGACGAUUGGUGUUAAUGUGAUUAUGUGGGUGUUUAGACGACGGUCGGCCGCAAAAUGCCUGACAUUUGCAUAAAGACCAUCCAGGCGCUUUUUAAAACAAUUGAGCUUCGCGCCUCGUCGCUGCGGAUGACGGCCACGUCGCCAGUCUCGGUAAGACCUAGUUGAAGGUGGAUUUGUAUGGAGAUAUUAUUAGAGACGCAAACGGAAUAAUUUAAAAAAAAAAGUCAUUGUUUCCUUCUUCCGUAAUAGGUUUUAUAACGUUGUUGACUCUGUAGAAAAAAAAAGGAGGCGUACUUAGAAACUGCAGAGGGGUCCCUAUGGGGGCAACCUUAAAGGUCCUUUUAGGGUUCCCUCUAGAGACCACUGAAGCUUUCAAAAGUGGUCCCUAUAGGCGUUCUAGUUAGGGGCCUCUUUAGGGGACAUGCUAGUCGAUAAUUGUUAGGAACUCUGAAUAAAUAACUUUUUUGGAUGAGUUUGAAAAAUCACUUUAAGGCCCACUUGAGCUUUAGGGUCUAAGGAUUCAGACCCUAAACUCCUAUUUUUUGUAGAAAGACGGCAUAGAAGCACAAAUCCAAAAAAUUUACUCCGUUUUUUUUAUUCAUUUUGAAGAUAAAAAGACGAGAAGUGCGGGUAUUUCAGAUGUUGGAUAUGGUGAAGAGCGCGAAGGAAAAUGCUUUAACUCUGGAAAAAGCCGACAUGGCUUACGUUCUGGGGGAGUUUGCAGAUGAGACAAAGGGACUUGUGCGGAAAGCUGGAGACAGCGGCGGCGGUCUUUUUGUCGUUGGUCCGUUCAUUUUCCCAGCUCUGAUAAAAAAAAACUCAUGAAUAGAUUUUGGAACAUGCUCAUAAAAUCCAUGUUUUAUUUUUCAGACACAUUAGAAAGUUUUUAGACUUAGUAGUAGGGGUUUUUCGGGGUUAGAUGUUAAAAAAAGGAAUUAUAGUGAAGUCAUUUUAUUUUGCGGUUGAGAUUCUCUUGAAAGAUGGCCAGAACGCUCCUGGAUGUACCAGAAUGAGGUUCUGAAGCUCUGAAACCGCACAGCUUCCUAGUUUUCGAGAAAUAAGGACCCAAAAUCUCAAAAUAGCCCAUUUUCAUGGGUUUUGAGGGUUUUCUUUGAGACGUCUUUUUACAAAAACGAGAGGUUUUUGCAGGUUGAGACUUCUUGAAUCUUCUUCUGAUACAUCAAGAAGUGUUCUAGCCAAUUUGCAGAAAAAUCCCAAAUGCAAAGUAAAAUGACCUCGCUUUCAGACAUUCCUCUAGAUGGAGGUUAUGACAAUCUCAAAUUGUAAAACUUCCUUUUUAAUAGCACUUUACUGUUUGAUAAAGCUGUUCAAAUAACGCUUCUCAAAACCUUUGCAUAUUUAGACAUUGAGAAAACACUGACUGAAAUUUGCAAGCAUCAUAGCGAAUCGUUGGUGCGCGAACAGUUUGAAGGUCGUGCUGUGAGGUUUAUCAACGAAUUUCCUUCGAAACUUUCGGAAAGAGAAGAGUUUUUCAGAAUAAUGCGCUUGAUGGAAGAACGCCAUUUUUUGGACGAGGAACAAGUCGAAAAGCUUUUGAUGAUGGGAGCCAAAGAGACCAAAGAACUUCUAUACGCACUGCUUGAAGAAGGCUUCAUCUUCACUCGGGUAACUUGAAGAUUUAGCCCUUUUUUGGCUCGGAGAACCAUAAACAAACUGAUCCAAAUCUUUGACAAGGUGUCUUAUUUUCUCUGCUUUUACUAAUUGCCAGUGAAACGUUGGACCGUAUCUCUGGUUGCCGCGAUUUCCCAAGUGUGAAAUCGGAGUUCUGAGACGGUCGGAUGAACCUCAAAAGAUUUAGCCCAUCGGAAGGACCAAUGACUUCCAACCAGCGCGAACGUUUUAUCUCUACCACGUCGAUCUCCAAAGAACAGUUCGGAGUCUCAUUGAAUGCACUUGCAAGGUUUCUCCUCAUCUUUUUUUUCCACGAAGAGAACAUUUGCCUUUAUAGCUGCUUCGCAAUCUCAUUCUCCGUAAUGCGCACGAGCGAAGAGAAAACAAGCAGCUGAUCGAGAAAGAUCUCACCACGGGACCCAUAAUCGAGGGCAUACGAGCCAAUGAGGAACUCGACGAGGCUUCCAAAAAAGCACAGGUUCAACUUUUUUGAGUUCGAAGUUACGGUCCUUGUUUGUCUCUAACUUAGGAACUCCAGAUUGGUCAUAGGGGCAACUUUAGGGGCUUUCGGGGGGUCCCCUCUAGGGACAACUUUAUCAACCCUAUAGGGGCCACUAGGGUUUGCAAAAGUGGUCUCUAUAUGGAUUUAAAUAGCGGCCCCUUUAGGAAAUAUGCUAGUCGAAAAUCUUUAUGAACUCUGAGCGAAGAAGAAGCAUUUCUAUGGGAAAAUUGAACAAAUAAGCGUUUUUAAAAUGAAAUUGACUUUUAUAGGGUCCACUCGAGCUAUAAAGGCUGAGAGGUCUGACCCUGAAAUCCUAUAGGGAUCACCUUAAUUUUACCCCUGUAUGGACCACUUAUCCGACCCCUAUAGAGGUUUUUCCCCUCUCACCCCUAUAGGGACCACUCUAGGACUCCUGAGAACGUUAUGAUUAGAAUGAUCUCUCUUGUAAGUUUAUCUGAACUGUCUCAUAUGCUCCAGAAAAUUUUUGGACUUGUCGAUAUUUUCAGAGAGAAUGACUUUCUCAAUCCCCAUCUUAAUUUUUUAUUUCAUUUCUUACAAUUUGUUUCUCUCAAGUCUGAUCUGGGAUCUUUUUCCCAGAUAGAAGAAGUGGAGGAGAUGUACUUGCCCGGACAUGAUCGAGCAAAGUUGGAGCGGUAUAGAAGGUCGCGAUCGACACUCCUGGCAGCGCAGGAAAAAGCAUCACAAGCGCUGUUCGCCUUCCGACUGUUUCUCGAUGUUUCAGUGCCGCAAAAAGCGUGA